CUACUCCAACCUGCCUCACCAACUCACAUCUAGAAGCAUUUACACACACACACUCUCUCUCCUCUCUCUCUCUCUCUCUCUCCCCCUCUCCACAAUUCAGUCAAUAUAUAGCUUUUUAUAUAUAAAACAUAUAUACACACACACAUAGAUAUAUAUAAGGCCGGAUCAUGAUAUAUAGUUGAAGCCCUUGAAUCUAUAUAUCUUAAUUCCCAACAAGACCUCCACUGUAGAGUGUCCUCUCAAGUUUUACAGAAGGGAAGAAUGGUGGUGACUGGUGCUGCUGCAUAUAGUUAAUUAAAGAAGAAGAAGAAGUAAUAGCUUGAGUUGAUUGUUGUUGUGGAGGAGGAGGAGAGAAUUGUUGUUUUUGUAGUUAUAGAACAAUCGAUUCGUGAUUGAUCUUGAUUGAUCCAUUAAUGGGGAGGUCUCCUUGCUGUGAGAAAGCCCACACCAACAAAGGGGCCUGGACCAAGGAAGAAGACGACCGUCUCAUCGCCUACAUCCGCGCCCACGGCGAGGGCUGCUGGCGCUCCCUCCCCAAGGCCGCCGGCCUCCUCCGCUGCGGCAAGAGCUGCCGCCUCCGCUGGAUCAAUUACCUCCGCCCCGAUCUCAAGCGGGGCAACUUCACCGAGGAAGAAGAUGAACUCAUCAUCAAACUCCAUGCCCAUCUCGGCAACAAGUGGUCUUUAAUUGCCGGGAGGCUGCCGGGAAGAACAGACAAUGAGAUCAAGAACUACUGGAAUACUCACAUAAGAAGAAAGCUUCUGAGUCGAGGGAUUGAUCCCACCACACAUAGGCCAACAAAUGAGCCUUCGGUUUCUUCACAACAAUUGUCUCUCACAACAACAACAACAACAACCAACAUUUCGUUCACUGCUCCAAAUCCAAAGGAGGAGAAGCCAUCUGUUGAAAGAGUUCAUUCAAGCCCAAAGAAGGAUAACUCCAUUCCAGUUAAAGAAAUCAUGAUCAAGUGCCCUGAUUUGAACCUUGAUCUCAGAAUCAGCCCUCCUCGGCUCACUAAGCACCACCAGAAUGAUGAGCAUCAGCAGCAGCCAAUUGGAGGGAUGAGGAGUGGUGGUGGCAACAACAAUCUGUGCUUUGCCUGUAGCCUUGGGAUACAGAAGAGCAAAGAUUGCAGUUGUAAUGGGGUCAAUACUGAUGUAAUUAGCAGCAGCAGCAGCAGUAGCAGUAGCAGUAACAAUAACAACAAUAAUAGUAGUAAUGGUUCUGGUUAUGACUUUCUUGGCUUGAAAUUGGACUACAGAAGCCUGGAGUUGAAAUGAAACUUGAUGAUGAUGCUUCUUUUCUUUUUUGAUUAACUGUAGUAAUUAGAGAUUGGUAAAAAAGCAAUUGAGGUAUUAAUAUUAUAUCUGCAAGACAGUGGUGCCCUUUGGUUAAUUAAUGGUUUCUGUUGGGAUUUGGUGAAUGUUUCAUA